AGAAUUCAUUGUUCGCAAUUUCUUUGACGCGUUUGGGUGUUCGAUUUGCGUCGUCGCGCUAGUUUACAGAAAAAGGUGAAGAAAAUAUGUGAAAUACAGAAUUUUAAAUUUACACAAUGCAACUACAAAAUACAGAACUAGCAUUUAAACGAAUAUAACUUCUAAAAACUUCGAAGUGCAGUUGAAAAAUCUACAACUAAAAGUGAGUUGAACUGGUGUGAAAAGGGGCGUGCUUGAAAAAUUUUCACCUCCACCCGGGGGUCUCAUUGCGGACACAGCAAAUUGUGUGUAUUUCUUAUAAUAUUGAGUGAAUUUCGUCAGCUAAACCAUUGAAGUCAAGAUACCACGUCAAUGUAAAACUGGAAGCGGUGCUUCUGGCGGAAAAGCUUAAUUUAUGGGUCAAGUCGCGAAGUAAAACUGCUGGCGCUCCGACAACGUUAUAAACGGAUGCAGUCGUCCUCGAAACCAGUGUUCCCAGUUGCAGCUAGUGGCAAAAGAAAAAUCGAUACGCGGUUCGAUGUGAAAAACAAGAAAACAAAGAAAACGCUCGUGAAAAAUACGUAUGUUAAUGAAAAUACGACGAUAAUCGUGCAAACAUGCGUUCAAUGGAAAAACAAGAGGAGAAGAUGAAGUGCGUGUAAAUAUAGAUGCAAAAGAAAACAAAGAGUAGAAAUUGAAAAAGUUGUAAAUCAAAAUAAAAACAUGAAUGAGUGCGCAGGAAAAUGUAUUACCAACGAUCAAGGGGAUGAAGAGUGGUGACGGGUCGAGGAUUGUUGAUUUCCACGCGUGUGUUCAUAAGAGCCUUCACCACCCACUUAACUAACUGCCAACAAAGCGUGCAAAAGCUCGCAACUUCCUGCGUCAGGAUAUUAGAAAUGUUGUAAAUAACGUAAGGGGAAAAGUUACAAGUGAAAUAAUGAAUUUUUAGUUGGAACAAAGCGGACGGCUUCGUGAAAAAGAGUAAAAUCAAGUGGGAACACAAUGUGACAGGCUAAUGUAAUGGCACGGGGGAUGAUGAAAGGCACAAGGACACACUGAAUGAUACCUCUGCAUUUCACGCUGUAUCUGAAAAGCGUAAUCCAUCGAAUCGAUAACUGCAGUCUCUACCUAAAGGUUUCAUUGUUGAAGUCCCAAAGGGCCACACGCACACAGUCGCCCACAAAGGCGCUGUGGUGUUAGCGGUUGGUGGCUGCGGUUGCUCCGCAUACGGAGUUGAAGCCACAGAAAAACACCAAACCAAGCCGCUCAUCGAAACGCAAUCAACUCGGAGGAGUAAUACAUCCCCUUACUGCUAAGCGGCAAACAUGAAUGUGAUGCGUAAGCUGCGUGGCAAUACCAACGCCACAGGUUCACCCACCGCUGGAGCAGGUGCCACAGCCAAUGGCAAUUUGUCGCCGGCGGGCGCCGCAAGUGGGGCGCGUGUUGGUGAGGAGACCAACGCUGCCGCAGAUGCGCGCAUACAAAUCAGUCUGCAUACGCUGAAACAACUCUUCAACGAGUACACACACCCCAAGGAAGCGCUCAGCGAGCAUGAAAGGGAUAUGAAAUUGUAUCAAAUGUUGCCGUUAUUUUGCAAGGUUUUCAGCACUUGCCCGGCAGCGGAUAUGAGCGAAAAGUUCUGGGAUGUGGUAGCGUUUUGUCAGCAAGUAUCGCGGCUGAUGGUCAGCGAGAUACGGAAACGAGCCUCCAAUCAGAGCACAGAGGCGGCGUCAAUAGCGAUUGUCAAGUUUUUGGAGAUCGAAACAACCGAGGAGACCAGCAGCGGCUGGAUGCUGCUGUCUACUUUGAAUUUAUUGGCCAACGGAGAUGUGUCGUUGAUACAGGUGAUGACAGCAGCCGCAGUGCCAUCCACGCUCGUCAAAUGCCUGUAUUUAUUCUUUGACCUACCAGUGGUGGAGGACGAUCCAGCGCCGGGCGUUGGCGAGUCAGCUAGCGAUUUCAAUGCCUUCGAGCGUCGCACACUGUUGCAGAAAGUCUUCGUACAGCUGUUAGUUAAGCUUUGCUCAUAUCCGUAUCCGGCUGAGGAGCUGGCGCGCAUGGACGACCUCACACUGCUCUUCUCGGCCAUUACCUCACCCUGCCCAACGCACAACAUUGUGUGGCGCAAAAAUGCAGCAGAAAUAUUGACGACCAUCUCGCGGCAUGGACUUAGCGACGCCGUUGUUAGUUAUAUACAUUCCAAGGGCUGCAUGGCUUUAUGCGUGGAUAAUAUGCAACGGUUGAGCUUUGGAAAUCCGUUGGAAAUCGUCGAAAUGUUUGUUACCGUUUUUUGCUUCCUGAAGGAUUCUAGUCAAGUGUCACAAAUUUUGCUCGAUGAUUUCAAAGCGUCUCAGGGAUAUCUCUUCCUCACCGAUUUUUUGCUCAAAUUCGACACCAGCCGGACGCAUUCCAUUGAAGUACAGGCCGCCAUACGCAAUCUCGUAUUGAUGAUCUCCUCGCUUUGCAUGUGUGGCUUCAAUGAGCUGCGCCCGCCGCAGGUGCAAAACACGCUCUUCAAGAUGCAAAACUUUCAAAUACCACAGGCUAGCUCGCGUGAAACUUGCGUUCGCAAUAUCUACGCAUUCCAAGUGCUGCAAACCGUCUUCCUGAAGUCCACUUCACCGGCACUUUGCUGCACCAUACUCGACGCCAUAUCGCGCGUAUAUCACUCGGAGAAUGCCAACUACUUCAUACUCGAUUCGGAGAAUACGCUUAGUCAAUUUACAGAGCGCAUACAUCUGAAGGGCCCACAGAUACAGGAGAAAUUUUUCGAUCUACUCGAGUUCAUUGUAUUUCAGCUGAAUUUUGUGCCGUGCAAAGAGCUGAUAAGCCUCUCACUGCUGCUGAAGAACAAUCACUCGACCAGCUGUAGCAUCCUCUGCCUGAAAACGCUACUCAAUAUUCUACGUCACAAUGUCGUGUUCAAGGAAGUAUAUCUCGAGGUGGGCAUACUCGAGGUGUUUGUCACCUGCUUGAAUCGCUAUGCGGACCAUGUGCGCAAGAUAACCAAAUGCGAUGAGAGUGUGGUACUUAUGCCGGAGGAAGAUGACGUCGAGGAUCUCACGGAUACGCUGGGCAAGCACGUGCUCGAGGCGCUCACCAUUCUGCUUAGCGGUAAUAAUAACAACGCGAAUGUGUUUCGAGAAUGCAGCGGCGCCAAGUGCAUACACGAUUUGGUGAAGUUCAAACACUGUCGGCCGCAAGCACUGGGCAUCAUACGUGAACUAAUACUGUCUGCGGGCGGCGACGAUGAUAUGCUUUUCAUACUAUCCGUUAUGCAUGCGGUGCCGCCAUACCAAGUGGAGUUCAAAAUACAAAUACUCAAUAUGCUGUUGGGCUGCUUGAAGGACUCGCAUCGCACGCGCACAGUUUUUCGUAAAGUGGGCGGCUUUGUCUACUUGACCAGCGUUUUCGUCUCGCUCGAUGGCAAGUUGUGCGACGAGCCGUUGGUUAGUGCCGAGCCGGACGCGCAAAACAUAACACAGGAUGAUUUGAUAUUGCUGCUGCAGAUUGUCUGCCAAACGUUGGCCACCGCGAUGCGCUUUGAGCCGGCAAAUGCGAAAUUUUUUCAUCAGGAGAUUUGCACUGCUUCGCUUUGCGAUACGCUGCGACUGCUGGGCUGUUUCGGUAGCGCCACUGAACUGAGCGACUUCAAGGGCGAGUUCAAGAAUGAAAGUGCAAUGCAAAAGUAUUUCCACGAAGUUUUCUCGGGCGAUAUAUUAAACUACAGCUUCAAUGCAGACAUACCGCGUUCGUUGUCCUACGUAUGUGUUGUGUAUCGUCUGUUGUACAGCAUUGCUUUGGACAACUUCGAAACGCCAAAUUUGUCGGGCGUCAUAACACUCUUCAGCGACUCGCAUUCGCGUUCGCCCAGCAAAGAGCUGCCACCUGCGCAUCCCAACCAAUUGAACCUUACGCAGCCCACACCAGAGCCACGCAUUGUACACCCAGGCGUUGUACUCUGUAUGCUCCAGCUGCUGCCAAGCAUCUCACACGACACCAGCGCCGUACUGGCUCUCAAUCUGCAAGUUUAUCUUAGCGAAAUCAUCAAAUCCUUGGUGCGCAACGAGCGCAAUCAGCAAAUCAUGUGCGACUAUGGACUCGCAGAGCAGCUGUUGAAAAUUGCGCGUAACGCUCUCUCCGAAGAAUCCAAUCCGCUGCACGUUUCUAUGCAGUACGUGUUGGAGCGCUUGGCCGCGCAGGCUUUGCAGCCCACAGAGUUGCGUGAAUUCUUGCGACUCGGUGAGCCGCUUUCCUGUGCCGACAUCGACUUGCGCAAACCGUACCGCAUGGGUGGCCCAGUGCCGUUGACACGCAUCAAGACGCUUGUUUCGAUGACAACACCUCGAGACUUUCGCGCGCAUGGUUCGAGCACUUUGCCACCAUUCGUGGAGAUGGACAUGUCUGCAGAGGGCUUUGGCUGCUUGUACUUGCCAUCGCUGGCACCACAAGCCACCGCCACCACUGGCGGCACAAUCGAUGCCAACACAAUCGGAGGCAUUGGCGCUGGUGAUCGCAUUUUUCCACCCCAAACAGGACUCUCGUACUCCACUUGGUUUUGUGUGGAGAAGUUCUCGGAUCCAAAGACGGAUCCACAUUGCGUACGGCUGCUGACGCUGGUGCGUACUAUACACAAUCCGCGCGAAGAGAAUUUGGUUUGCUUAUCAAUACUGUUAUCGGCGCGCGACAAAGCGAUUGUGGUGUCCACGCAGGAGACGUUGGUGACGCCGAGCAAAAGCGAUUGGGAGCCUGAAGGUUCAGACGAUGGCAGUGCACGCAUUUGGUGUCCCGAUUUGUUGCAUGAGGGCCAAUGGCAUAACCUAGUUGUGGUGCUCAACCGCGCUGUACUAAAGAACUCCAGCCUUUCACUGUACUUGGAUGGCACCCCCAUGCACACGCAAAAACUUCAUUAUAUAUCCCAAAAUCCGGGUGCUGGUUCCGUCAAUCUGGCCGUUGCCAGUCAGGUCUAUGGCUACAUUGGCACUCCUCCUAUUUGGCGGCGUUAUUCGCGUCUUUGUUGGAAGCAAGGCGUUUGUCAUUUGUUGGAGGAUGUGCUCACGCAGCAAACUGUACAGACCAUUUAUAACUUGGGGCCACACUACAUGGGAUCGCUGCAAGCGCCGCAACUAGGCAAGCAGUGUGAACCGCUGCCGCCUUUGGUGCCGGAAGACCGACUUCUCCUGGGACUCAAUGCAAAAGCGGUUUCGCAAUUAACUUUGGUAAAAAUACGUAAGGUUUAUAGUCGCGUCGAUAACAAAUCCAUAGCCAAAGUAUUGGGCAUGAAUUCGCAUGAGAAUGCCACGCCCAUAAGAAUCCUGCAUAAUUCUGCUGGCCACUUGGCGGGCGCUGGCCGCUCACUCGGCGGCGUAGUCGUCGGCUACUUGGGCGUGCGCGUCUUCAGUCCACACCCCGUCUCUGCCAUGAUCGACACGGUGGGUGGUUGCAAUGUGCUGCUGGGCAUCAUCGCCAUGGCGCAGGAUGUGGAAUCACUUUACGCUGGUGUCAAAGCGCUCACUUGUGUGGUGCGCAGCAAUAGGGCCGCUCAAAGCGAAAUGGAUCGCAAGCGCUGUUAUCAAACACUGGGCAUGUUUUUCAAGAAGAAAAAGAAUCUACUCAAUUCGCACAUACUACACUUGACUUUUGGCUUGGUCGGCACCGUCAGCAGCGGCCAAGAUAUGUCAGCCAUUCCUAAUAUAACCGCUUUCCAAGAUCUGCUCUGUGACUUAGAAAUUUGGCAUAAUGCGCCAAAUGGCCUGCUACGCUCGCUGCUAGAACAUCUCCUCGAGUUGGCUAUUGAGUCGAAUGAAAAGAAGCAGAAUGUGAAGAUCAUGGGCAACCUGCAGCUGCUCAACAAGCUAUUGCACAUCAUUAUCGACAUACAAGAUCACUCGACGCGUGAGAUACUCUUUAAUCUGAUUGAGACACUGCUUGGCGGUCAGCCGCGCCACAGCGACCUGUUGCUCUUCGGCCAGUACAUCGCUGCCAAGUUGCCCAAGUCCGAUCAGGUUGAGAAGUCAAUCAUACUGCCAAGUAUGCGACCCACGGGUGGCGUUAAUGGAAAUGCUUUCAGCGAUCAAGAGGCCAUGGCUCAAAACAUUUAUCUACGCAACCGCUGCCUCUCGCUGCUGCAUGGGCUGCUCUUCACGCCACGCAAUACCGUCAACUACAUAAUUUGCGACGACAUCUCUAAGACGCUGGGCAUGGAUUGGCUUCUACUCUUCAUGCAACCGCAUGUACACUUCACGAGCGUCAUUAUUGCGGUGCGUAUUUUGGUGGUGGUCUGCGCCAAUGAGAAUUUCAUGGUGCGCUUUAGGGACUCAACGCACAAUGGCGGCUACUUGCGCUUCACCGAAAUGGUUUCGCAGAAGAAAAUUUUGGCAUUAGGAGCUCCACAGUUGAAUACGGGCGUGCAGAACACUGGCGGCUCGGUUAUUGUGACCACAGCCAAUGUCGUGCAGCACCUACCAACGCAGAUCGCGGGCGAAGUGCGCACUAUAGCGCUGAGUAUACCAGGCUUCCAAACGCUCGAGUGGUUGCUCACUCAUCAUCUGGACGUGCCGGAGCUAUAUUUCCUCAUCACCGCUCUGAUUAUGGGCCAACCAGUGAAAGUGCUCGCCUCUGAACACACAAAAUUCGAUUUAGACCGCGUGCGUCUCUUCCUAUGGGGCACACCACCCUCUUCGAAUGCGCCACUCCCAAAAAUGAAUGUUUGCCCCGAGGCUGUUUGCGUGCUGCUGGGCAUGGUCCGCGCGAUUGUACACUCGACCGAAUGCGCCAACUGGCUCAACAGCCAUCCCGAGACAAUAAUUCAACUGCUCUUCAAUUUAUAUCAGAAUGUCACCGACUUCAUGCCCGUCAUGAUGUCCGGCGACGUCAUUAGCUCACUGGUAGCGGUGCUCUUCCCCAUUUCGAAGGAGCCGAAUAUUGAUUCCGAGCCGAAUAGCGGCAACUCAUCGCCCACCGAUAAUGGUAGCGGGGGUUUUUUGCUGCACGCCGCACACAGUGGCUUGAAUGCGCCCGCGCACAGAUUGACACAACAUCCGGUGCGCAAAUGCAUUAUUGAUUUCCUGCGCGUGAUUGUUGUCGAUUCGCUCAGCCUGAAUAUGCAUGGUAAGACCACGCCCGUAAUUGAUCUGGUGUUGGAUGCAUCACCCGAGGCGGCGGAAGUGGCAUUGCAAGUUGAGUAUCAGACGGAAAUCAUCACCGCCUUGAUGGAGCAUCUCCUGGCUGCGGAUGUUUUAGUGGGCGAGCAAGCGGCGCUCUCCAUUGUGCCGCUGCUACAAAGCCACACACAGCACAUAGCGCCGAACGUCUUCUACUUCACAGCGCGCGUGGUAGACAAGAUGUGGCAGGGCUGCUUGACGCGAAAUCCGCACGACAUUUUCGACUUCGUCAUCAAGUUGAUUGCGCAAGCCAAGCGGCGCUCCUCUUCGCUGACCAUAGAACAGCUGCAUCACUCACUAAAUCGCACGAUAUUAUUCCUGCUAUCGCGUCCCACAGAGUCAAUAGCCGAACAAAUGAGUGUGCUGGAAGCUUUGCACAACAUUAUAACCCAUCGCUUGCUCAUCUUUGGCGCUGGCAAUCACGAGUUGGAGUUCAUCGGCUGCCUGACUUAUUGUUUGCUGCAAUUGACGUCGGAUAUGAAAAUUAUAUUAGAACCGGCGAAUAGAAACACCACUUGGCAUGUUAAUCCACAAACGGAUACAGUGGAGCCAAAGGAUGAAGACCUCAAUCAGCUGCAGGGCCGAAAUUUAAUUGUGGGCGCCGCCUUUCGCGUCUGGGAAGAGUUGUACGUUUGCAAGAAGCCAGCCAUUGAAGAAGUAUUCAAAGUAUCGCUCACGCCACCACCGCCCAAUUCCAAAGCGCCUGAUUUGCAGAGCACGCGCGAGCAGGUAAUGGAGUUAGCCUCCAAGCUGUGGUUCAACUAUGUGGAUGCUGAACGUAAGGCUUCCUAUCGCAUACCCUGGGAGAUACACAAUCAAAUACAGUCGAAAAUACAGAAAGUCACCGGCGGUUUGACGCGACUCGCGAGUCGCACCAAAGUCAAAAAGGAUGAGCUCGUACGCAUCAAAUCAACAAUGAGCAAGGAGAGCGCUUUCGAUUGCACGAGCAUACAUGUACAGCUGAUCAAGGACCUUUGGGAGCUGCGCUGCAAGCAAUACAUACAAAUGCAACAACACACGCAGCGCUACGUCUAUCAAGACUGGAUACAGUCGGAGACAGAAUUGACACGUGAACGUGGCUUGUGGGGCCCAGAGGGCAGUUCUUCGUUGGAUAAAUGGAUUUUGGAUACGACAGAGGGACCGCAUCGAAUGCGCAAGAAGACAAUGCGCAAUGAGUUAUUCUAUUUGCACUACCCUUACAGACCGGAGAUCGAUUUGCCUGAUAAUCGUCAAUUAAAAUACAAAGUGGCCACAAGUUUCGAUAGUAAAAUCUAUUAUAUCCACUGUCAGCAACCGCCGCGCAUACUGUGCGAAACAGAUUCGCUUCAACAACAACACUCCAUACAGCAGCAACAAUCACUGGAAGCAAAUAAUACAAAGCAUCCACACAUCGCUCAGCACUCUGACUCGCAGACGAGCAGAAGCGAACAAUCAGGUGGCGGUAGUAGCAGCACGCCACCACCAGCACUACCACACUCGCCUACAGAGGCAGUUACACGCUUGCAAAAUCCACAGGAGUCUAUAGAUACAAGUGCUCAAGAGGAUGACGAGGAAGAGGAGGACACCUCAAUGAUGUCCGAUAAUGAAACAUUCCUCCGUCUGUUGGAGGAGCAAGAGAAAAUUUCCUUCAUGUUUCGCUGUGCGCGCAUUCAGGGUUUGGACACCUUUGAGGGCCUGCUGCUCUUCGGCAAGGAGCACUGCUAUAUUGUCGACGGCUUCACGCUGCUGAAGAAUCGCGAAAUACGCGACAUUGAUACAUUGCCACCAGGUGCAUAUGAGCCGAUUAUACCGAAUUCGGGUGGACCUACGCGCACGCAGAAGGCUCGCCAGUGCUCAAAAUUCGCCUAUGAAGAAAUUAGAGAGGUGCAUAAACGCCGCUAUCUGCUGCAGCCAAUAGCCUUGGAGGUAUUCUCGGAGGAUGGACGCAAUUAUUUGUUGAGUUUCCCGAGAAAAGUGAGGAAUAAGGUCUAUCAACGUUUCAUGGCACAGGCGACAGCCAUCAAUGACAACGCACAGCAGUCGGUGGCAGGCCAGAAGCGAACAGCAAGUGUGGAGCAAACCUCGGGCAUUUUUAGCAGUUUGAUUGGCGAAACAUCAGUCACGCAACGUUGGGUGCGCGGUGAAAUCUCCAACUUCCAAUACUUAAUGCAUUUGAAUACGCUGGCUGGCCGUUCGUAUAAUGAUCUCAUGCAAUAUCCAGUCUUCCCCUGGAUAGUCGCCGACUACGAAUCGGAAGAGCUAGAUUUGUCAAACCCAAAGACAUUCCGUGACUUCUCGAAGCCGAUGGGCGCGCAAUCAGAGGAGCGCCUAGAGCAAUUCCAGAAACGUUUUAAGGAGUGGGAUGAUCCACAUGGCGAGACGCCUCCCUACCACUAUGGCACGCACUACAGCUCUGCCAUGAUUGUUUGCUCGUAUCUGGUGCGUUUGGAACCAUUCACACAACACUUUUUGCGUCUGCAAGGCGGCCAUUUCGAUUUAGCUGAUCGCAUGUUUCAUAGUAUCAGAGAAGCGUGGCAAUCCGCAUCCAAAUUCAAUAUGGCUGAUGUAAAGGAGUUGAUACCGGAAUUUUUCUAUCUUCCGGAAUUUUUGAGCAACGGCAAUAAUUUUGACUUGGGCACAAAACAAAACGGCGAUACGCUGAAUCAUGUCAUCCUACCACCUUGGGCUAAGCAGGAUCCCCGUGAAUUUAUACGCGUUCAUCGGAGUGCUUUAGAGUGUGAUUAUGUUAGCCAAAAUCUGCAUUUGUGGAUUGACUUAAUAUUUGGGUGCAAGCAACAAGGUCCCGCUGCCGUGGAUGCAGUGAAUGUUUUCCACCAUUUAUUUUACGAAGGCAAUGUAGACAUUUACAACAUCGACGAUCCGCUGAAGAAGAACGCCACCAUCGGCUUCAUCAACAAUUUUGGCCAGAUCCCCAAACAGCUCUUCAAGAAAGCACAUCCUGCUAAGAAAAUGUCCAAUUCACGGCAUUCCGCGCUAAUCGAUCCGGGCGCUUUAAUACAGGGUAACACCACCGUUUUACAAUCGGAACGUUUGUUCUUCCAUAACUUAAAUAAUCUUAAACCGAGCCUCCAGCCAAUCAAGGAACUGAAGGGACCUGUUGGUCAGAUAUUGCAACCAGAUAAGACUGUGUUUGCCGUCGAGCAGAAUAAGGUAAUGAUGCCACCCUCCUAUACGAAAUAUAUCGCCUGGGGCUUUGCCGAUCAUUCGCUCCGCAUUGGUCUGUACGACUCCGAUCGUGCUUCCUUUGUUUCCGAGGCCGCUGCACAAAACUCGGGUGAAAUACUCUGUUGCGCUUGUCCCAAUGGCAAAAUGAUUGUGACUGCCGGCACUAGUUCAGUUGUGACGAUAUGGAAAUUCGAUGCGAAUCGCAAGAGUCUCACCGUACGCAACUCCUUGCACGGGCACACUGAUGCCGUCACUUGCUUGGCAGCAAGCGCUGCAUACAAUGUAAUCAUAUCGGGCUCGCGCGAUGGCACCGCGAUCGUUUGGGACAUGUCGCGCUUCACAUUCGUACGGCAGUUGCGCGGCCAUGCGGGUGUUGUUGCCGCCGUGGCCAUCAAUGAUCUUACGGGCGAUAUCGCGACAUGUUCGGCAACUUGGCUGCACGUUUGGUCAAUCAACGGCGAUCCGCUGGCGAUGGUGAAUACGUGCGUAGGUAGCGCCGAUCGCAUGCAGCAAAUAUUAUGUGUUUCCUUCUCGCAAAUACGUGAAUGGGAUCAGGAAAAUGUGGUGAUCACUGGUUCUACAGAUGGCGUAGUAAGGAUGUGGUCCUUAGAAUACACGCAAGUACCAAUCGAGCGCAAGCUCAAGCGCGCCACCGAGGUGAGUUCACAAGAUCGGCCCGUUAGCAUAGAGCGUGAAAACUCGUGCGACUUGAAAGAAGGCGGCAAACUGAACAUACUCAAGCAAAUGAAGAGUCUAUCGUUGCAAGAUGAAAAUGCAAUCGCCAAAUCUGGUUCGGAGAGCAGCAUAUCAGAAGCUUCAGCGCAUUCUCAGCAAUCCACACAUUCGGAGAAGGAAACAGUAGAGACCAAAGAGUGCGCGGACAAGGAGAACAAAGAAGAAAGUGAAAGGCGUAAAAGUUCUUUGUCUGGCGCAAAGUCAUUGCAUGAAAUGAAAGCAUCAACAGUGGAUGGCGAAAGCGUAGCCAGCAAAUGUGUUGAAGAGGAAGAGCGCACUAUUCGUCCCAGCAAAUCAGACACCAGUCUCACCGAUGGUUUCGUAAUGGUGGACAAUGAUAAGCACAAAAGUGAGCAGUCCCUGAGAAAAGGCUUCAAAUGGCAACGUCAAUUAAUGUUCCGUUCCAAGCUCACCAUGCACACCGCAUACGAUCGUAAGGACAAUGCGGAACCGGCCAGCAUAACCGCGCUAACUGUUUCAAAAGAUCAUAAAAUCUUGUAUGUUGGUGAUGCACGUGGCCGUAUAUUCUCCUGGAGCGUAACCGAGCAACCGGGACGAGGUGUAGCCGAUCAUUGGCUGAAAGAUGAAGUCACCGACCAGUGCGUGAAAUGUCAUGUGAAAUUCAAUCUCUACGAACGCAAACAUCACUGUCGCAACUGUGGUCAGGUGUUUUGCAAUAAAUGCAGCCGUUUUGAAUCGGAAAUCUCACGCUUGCGCAUACUCAAGCCGGUGCGUGUGUGUCAGGCCUGUUAUAGUCAAUUACGCGCCAACUCAGUGGAUAAUUAAGCGCAUGAGCGACAAAGAAAACACGAUGCAACACGUUUUAGCAAAGACAAACAGUAAUUGACUCGAUUCUUUGUUUUUUUUUUUUUUUGUACUCCGAAGCGCAAUAGGCGCAAAAUGUGUAUAUUUUUUGAGUG